AUGGCGGAAUUUGUACGAUCUCAGAUCUUUGGUACUACUUUUGAGAUCACGAGCCGGUAUACGGACUUGCAGCCGGUGGGCAUGGGCGCCUUUGGGCUGGUCUGCUCCGCGCGAGACCAAUUGACCGGUCAACCGGUAGCGGUCAAAAAGAUCAUGAAGCCCUUCAGCACGCCCGUCCUGUCAAAGCGUACCUACCGUGAACUGAAGCUGCUGAAGCACCUCCGUCACGAAAACAUCAUCAGCUUGAGCGAUAUUUUUAUUUCCCCGCUAGAGGAUAUUUACUUUGUUACCGAACUCCUGGGAACCGAUCUCCACCGCCUCUUGACAUCUCGACCCCUGGAGAAGCAGUUCAUCCAGUACUUCCUCUACCAAAUUCUUCGCGGAUUGAAAUAUGUGCACUCUGCCGGAGUGGUCCACCGUGACCUCAAGCCCAGUAACAUCCUAAUUAAUGAGAACUGUGAUCUGAAGAUUUGUGACUUUGGUCUGGCCCGAAUCCAGGAUCCGCAGAUGACUGGCUAUGUUUCAACACGGUACUACCGAGCCCCCGAGAUCAUGCUUACUUGGCAAAAGUACGACGUGGAGGUAGACAUUUGGAGCGCGGGCUGCAUUUUUGCCGAAAUGCUGGAGGGCAAGCCUCUUUUCCCCGGAAAGGACCAUACCAUCUGCAGCGAAAAUACUCUUCGCUUUGUCAAGUCCUUACCGAAACGCGAACGCGUACCUCUCGCAAACAAGUUCCGAAAUGCCGAUGCGGAUGCCGUUGACCUCCUAGAGCGAAUGCUGGUUUUCGACCCGAAGAAGCGAAUCCGAGCCGGAGAAGCGCUGGCGCACGAGUACCUGGCCCCCUACCACGAUCCCACCGACGAGCCCGUUGCCCAAGAAAAGUUCGACUGGUCAUUCAAUGAUGCAGACCUCCCGGUAGACACCUGGAAGAUCAUGAUGUACUCGGAGAUCCUUGAUUUCCACAACAUUGAGCAGGGCACCGAAGCAGGACAAGCUCUUGUCCCCGGUCAAGUGCCGCAUGGAAGUGCUACAGCACAGAGCUUCGCAUAA